UUUGCGAGGGCGGGCCGAACAGGGAGUCCACUUUCCCGGCAGGCGGUGCGGCCAGAGGAGGAGGCGCGGGACUUCAUUUCCCAGCAGGCGUCAGGCGGCGGGCGCCGCGGUGCCUUGUGUGGGAUGUAAGCGCGGAGGCCACCGCCCGCCGCCAUGGGGCUGAAGGCCGCCCAGAAGACACUGUUCCCUCUGCGCUCUAUUGACGACGUGGUGCGCCUGUUCGCUGCGGAGCUGGGCCGGGAGGAGCCUGACCUGGUGCUCCUCUCCUUGGUCCUGGGCUUCGUGGAGCAUUUCCUGGCUGUCAACCGUGUCAUCCCCACCAACGUGCCCGAGCUCACCUUCCAGCCCAGCCCCGCACCUGACCCUCCUGGCGGCCUCACCUACUUCCCGGUGGCCGACCUAUCCAUCAUUGCUGCCCUCUAUGCCCGAUUCACCGCUCAGAUCCGUGGCGCUGUGGACCUCUCCCUCUACCCUCGAGAGGGGGGCGUUUCCAGCCGCGAACUGGUAAAAAAGGUCUCGGACGUCAUAUGGAACAGCCUCAGCCGCUCCUACUUCAAGGACCGAGCCCACAUCCAGUCCCUCUUCAGCUUCAUCACAGGCACUAAGCUGGACAGCUCGGGCGUGGCCUUUGCGGUGGUAGGAGCCUGCCAGGCCCUGGGUCUCCGAGAUGUCCAUCUGGCCUUGUCUGAGGACCAUGCUUGGGUGGUGUUUGGGCCCAAUGGGGAGCAGACUGCUGAGGUCACCUGGCACGGCAAAGGCAACGAGGAUCGCAGGGGUCAGACGGUCAAUGCUGGUGUGGCGGAACGGAGCUGGCUGUACCUAAAAGGAUCGUACAUGCGUUGUGACCGCAAGAUGGAGGUGGCGUUCAUGGUGUGUGCCAUCAACCCUUCCAUUGAUCUUCACACUGACUCCUUGGAGCUGCUGCAGCUGCAGCAGAAGCUGCUCUGGCUGCUGUAUGACCUAGGACAUCUGGAAAGGUACCCCAUGGCACUAGGGAACUUGGCAGAUCUGGAGGAGCUGGAGCCCACCCCUGGUCGGCCAGACCCACUCACCCUCUAUCACAAGGGAAUCGCCUCAGCCAAGGCCUACUACCAGGAUGAGCACAUCUACCCCUACAUGUACCUGGCUGGCUACCACUGUCGUAACCGCAACGUGCGCGAAGCCCUGCAGGCCUGGGCCGACACUGCCACUGUUAUCCAAGACUACAACUACUGCCGGGAGGAUGAGGAGAUCUACAAGGAAUUCUUUGAAGUGGCCAAUGAUGUCAUCCCCAAUCUGCUGAAGGAGGCAGCCAGCCUACUAGAAGCAGGCGAGGAGCGGCCAGGGGAGCAAGCCCAGGGCACCCAGGGCCAAGGUUCUGCCCUCCAGGACCCAGAGUGCUUUGCCCACCUGCUGCGAUUCUAUGAUGGCAUCUGCAAAUGGGAGGAGGGCAGCCCCACGCCAGUGCUGCACGUGGGCUGGGCAACUUUCCUUGUGCAGUCCCUAGGCCGCUUUGAGGGACAGGUGCGGCAGAAGGUGCACAUAGUUAGCCGGGAAGCAGAGGCAGCAGAGACUGAAGAGCCGUGGGGGGAUGAAGCUCGAGAAGGCAGGCGGCGGGGCCCCCGCCGAGAGUCCAAACCUGAGGAGCCUCCGCCACCCAAGAAGCCUGCAUUGGACAAGGGCCCCGCGGGGCAAAGUGCAGGGUCAGGACCACCCCGGAAAGCGCCAGGGACUGUCCCAGGUACUGCCCGUGGCUCCGAAGUCGGCAGUGCUGCUCAAGCUCCAGCACCUGCGGCGUCACCGCCACCGGGGGGCCCAGUGCUCACUUUCCAGAGCGAGAAGAUGAAGGGCAUGAAGGAGCUACUGGUGGCCACCAAGAUCAACUCCAGUGCCAUCAAGCUGCAGCUCACGGCACAGUCGCAAGUGCAGAUGAAGAAACAGAAAGUGUCCACACCCAGCGACUACACACUCUCUUUCCUUAAGCGGCAGCGCAAGGGCCUCUGAACUGUUAGGGAUUCUGUGACUUACUCCCCGCAGGCUUCUCCCUAGUCCCCUAAUUCAAGACCAGACUCCGCCCAUAGUCCGAGGGGCCCCAGAGCUGUCCUGCAGUGACUGGGGCCUUCAGUUAACGCUCCUUCUCAGGCCCCAGAGCGGUAGCCCGGUUCUUAGAGCCCAGGUCUCCUCUUCCACCAGCCGACCAACAAACGUCAUUGUGGGUCCAUGGAACCAAUCCUGAAAGGUCCAACCCCUGAAAUUCAAUGGACCGUGACAGGAACCCUAGUCAAGCCUGAACAGGUCGGCAUGAGGGUGGGGGCUGAUGUUGACCUUAGCCCAGGAGCGCAGAUGCUAUCCAGGACUCCAGUCCCUAGGGAUGGAUUUCUGCACUUUAGAGUGCCAUCCUUUGGGAAUCAGAGUCUCCUACCCCAAAGAACUUACAUAUUGCUGCCUGAAUUUGGAAAUCUUCGCUUCCUCGCCUCCCUAGCCCCAGAGUCCAGGACCUGAAGCUCCGACUCUUGUCUGUGAAUAAUACUGAGCCUCGCCUGCUUCCUGACCAAACUGGCCCCAGAACAGAGCAGGAGCUCUUCCAGCCCUCUGGGAACCUCCCCGAGGUCCCAGGAGGAAAUCUGCACGGGGUGGGGGAGGGCCAGUCUCUUCCUGUUUUGUACAUAGAUUUAUUUUUCAGUUCCAAGGAAGAUAAAUACAUUUUGUUACA